AUGGCCCAGAUUAAAUAUAUGCUUCUGAUCUCAAGACAGGGAAAAAUACGAUUGAUGCGAUGGUUUAGUGCUUAUACCGCUAGCGAGAAAAAUAAGAUCUGUCGAGAACUUAGUACAACGGUUCUGGCUCGCAAGCUCAAAAUGUGCAACAUCUUGGAGUAUCAGGAUCAUAAAGUCGUUUAUAGAAGAUAUGCGAGCCUUUAUUUCGUGUGUGGCAUCAGUCCUGACACCAGCAACGAGCUGCUGACGUUGGAGAUCAUACAUCGCUAUGUGGAGGCAAUGGACAGUUAUUUCGACAACGUUUGCGAGCUGGACAUCAUUUUCAAUUUUACAAAGGCAUAUGAUAUACUAAAUGAAGUUCUGAUAUGCGAUGGGGCCAUGACUGAAACCAGCAAAACUAGCAUUCUCAAAACCGUUGCAUCCAUGGACGCUCUCGAGACCAGCGAUAACCUGGACCAGGUGUUGAGUUGA